GUUUAUAUAUAUAGAGAGAGAAUUCAGAAGAGAGAGAGAGAGAGAGAAAUAGAGAAUUAUGGACGUUAAUGGCGACGCUGGCUGUGGAGAGAAGAUUAAAGGCUCUUGGAACCCUCAAGAAGAUGCUGCUCUCAUCAAACUCGUGGAGGAGCACGGCCCCCGCAACUGGUCCCUCAUCAGCAGCGCCAUUCCUGGCCGCUCCGGUAAAUCCUGUCGCUUGCGCUGGUGCAAUCAGCUCAGCCCCACCGUGCAGCACCGCCCCUUCACGGCCGCCGAGGACGCCCUGAUUCUUCAGGCGCAUGCCCUGCACGGUAACAGAUGGGCCACCAUCGCCCGCAUCUUGCCUGGCCGGACCGACAACGCUAUAAAGAAUCAUUGGAAUUCCACGCUCAGAAGAAAGCGGAAUUAUCACGACGUCGACGUGUUGGAGAGGCGGCGGAGUUCUGAUGAGUCGGGGAGCGGGUCGUCGGAGUCGGGGUUGAAGAGGCAGUGUUCGCGUGUGUCGAUGGAGCAGAGUAGUUACAGUGGUGAUGAGAAUUUGGCGGACGGGGAGAUGGGUUUGGGCCUUUGUGGGCCUGAUGGGCUCACUUUGACCCUUUUGCCGCCGGGACGGGAAUUAGUAAAAUCACCCGCGGGUAAGGAAAACAUGACACAAGAGACGGUAGAGAUUGGAGAUACGUGUCUGAUGACGAUGAUGCAGAGGAUGGUGGCACAAGAGGUUCGGAAUUACUUUGACAAGUUACGGGCUCAAGGUGGCUUCCGCCUUGGGCUUGAUCAUGGGCCUGGGUUUGAGUCCCACAUCCACAAAGCACCGUAGACUUAUUGGCGUACUAAUUAAGAUGCAAACUGAGAAACGUUAAUAGAUUUCGAGCACUUUUGCUUAACUUCAAAUGUCAGUAACGCUUUUUCCUUUUUCCUUUUUCUUCUCCUUGGUUUUU